AAAUCAAUAAAUAUUUGAGAUUGAUAUACGGAAUUGUGGCUCAAUUUAAUUUUUAUGACUCUAGUGAACUGUCAAAAUGAACAGAAAUUGAAAGGACCCGCAGAAAUGGAAAUGGCGUUGAAAUAAAUAACUUGUGUGCAGUGAUGUGUUGACAAUAAAAUUACCCGAAAAAUGUCAAGUACCCCAUCAAAUAGAAGAAACGGGGCCCAAAAAAUUAGAUUGACAAUACUUUGUGCCCGCAGCUUAGUGAGAAAAGAUUUAUUUCGAUACCCAGACCCUUUUGCUAAAAUAUCUGUUGAUGGUAGUGGACAGUGUCACUCAACUGAAACCAUAAAAAAUACGUUAGAACCGAAAUGGAACUCGCAUUUUGAUCUUUAUAUAGGAAAGAAUGAUACAAUAACUAUUUCUGUGUGGAAUCAUCGUAAAGUUAUAAAAAAACAUGGUAGUGGCUUUUUGGGUUGUGUUAAAAUUGUCAAUUCUCUCAUACAGAGGUUGAAAGAUACAGGAUUCCAAUGCCUGGAUUUGGGCAAAGCGUCGGUAGACGAUCCGGAACCGGUGAAAGGACAGGUCAUAAUAUCUCUAUUAUCUCGAGAUGGACCUUGUGGUGGCACCCCUCUGGCUAUAGUUAGCCCGCUGGGCGAACUUCACGGUCCUUCCCCUGAGCAUAUAAUAGAGAACAAUACAGGUCCUACCUCGAAUGAACUUCCUCCAGGAUGGGAAGAAAGAAGAACUACAAAUGGGAGACUCUACUAUGUCAAUCACCUAACUAGAUCCACGCAGUGGGUCAGACCUGUUGCAAAUCGGACUAAGGCACCUAACAGAUUAAGGCUGACGAACAUGAACAACAAUCCACCAGAUAACCAAGACAAUGACAGCAGAAACAAUGAAUUGAACGAUAACGACGAAGGUCUCAACAAUAACAGGGAGCCGGUGCAAUUGGGAUCGACCACUAGUUCGAGCACAUCACCCUUAUCUCCCGACUCUUCGAAGGACCAGCAGGCGGCUUCAUCGUUACCCUCGCUCAGGGCUCUUCUGACCCAACUUCCGGCAACGACCUCUAGUGGCAGCUCGGGGGGACGGGGCAGCCCCGCCCACAGCGCAACAAGCGCCGCCUCCUACACCAACUGCACGGCCACAGCAACCGCCGUGAUCCCGGCGCCCAACAACAUCAGCUGUAACGCGCCGCCCGCCGCGAACGCCCAGAACGCGCCCCCGAAGGCGGUGGAGACGGGCGUCGUUUGUUUGGACGAGAGGGGCGCUGUCAGUCCCCAGGCGUCCACCAGGGCCGUGCUGCGAGAGAGGAGGAGGAGCGGAGAAGGUGGAAGGGACGGCAGUGGGAGGAGACGGUCGGGCAGGCAGAGGAACUCUCUGAAUGCCCCGGGUGGAGCAGUGGGAGGGGCUGGCCAGGCCGGUCAUUCCUCAUCUGUGCCCUCUUCUGGCAACAUGGACCUGCCUCCAGGAUACGAACUAAGAACGACGCAGCAGGGCCAGGUGUAUUUCUUCCACAUACCCACCGGAGUGUCCACCUGGCACGAUCCAAGGAUACCGAAGGACUUGGCCCCCUUAACACUAACCCUGGACCAUCUAGGACCACUGCCGCAAGGUUGGGAGAUGCGACAGACCCAGUCGGGAAGGACGUAUUUCGUCGACCACAACAACAGAACGACUCAGUUCACCGAUCCCAGACUGAACUCUCAGAUACUGAACAAUCUCCUACGUCGCAUAUCCGUCACUAGCGGGGGCGGUACUUCCGCUUCGAGCUCCGCCUCACAGGCUCCGCCCAUCACGUCUACACCGGUCAUCUCGGCGGCAACGACAACGACUGCCAGCAACUCGUCUCCUCAACCAGCCGCAACAGCCUCUGCUGUUGUCGCAGUUUCAAGGCCUGUAAGGGUUCCCGACAUGGAACAAUUACCUCAGGGCUUGUUGAACGACACCGAGCACCUGCCGAAAUACAAAAGAGAUCUUGUUGCUAAACUCAGGGCUUUGAGGGCGGAACUGACAGCGUUGCAGCCUCAGAGCGGCCAUUGCAGACUUGAGGUGUCUCGUAAGGAAGUUUUCGAAGAAAGCUACAGGUUGGUAAUGAAGAUGCGACCCAAAGACAUGAGGAAACGUCUAAUGGUCAAGUUCAGAAACGAGGAGGGACUGGACUACGGAGGCGUGGCCAGAGAGUGGCUCCAUCUACUUUCGAGGGAGAUGCUCAAUCCCCAAUACGGACUGUUCCAGUACAGCAGGGACGAUCAUUACACCCUGCAGAUCAACCCUGAUUCAUCCGUGAAUCCCGAACAUCUUUCCUAUUUCCACUUUGUGGGUAGGAUACUUGGCAUCGCUGUUUUUCACAACCACCAGUUGGAGGGCGGCUUUACCUUGCCCUUCUACAAGCAGCUGUUGAACAAACCUAUCACGCUGCAGGAUAUCGAAGGGGUUGAUCCUGAAUUGCACAGAAGUCUGACCUGGAUGCUCGAGAACAGCACAGAGGGCGUAUUGGAAACGACCUUCUCCGUCGAGAACAACAGCUUCGGAGUGGUCAAGGUGCACGAACUCAAGCCUAACGGGGCAAUGAUCCAGGUCACAGAGGAGAACAAGCGCGAGUACGUCAAACUGUACGUCAACUACAGGUUCAUGCGGGGCAUAGAGCAACAGUUCUUGGCCCUGCAGAAGGGAUUCACGGAACUGAUACCGCCGGCUCUGCUUAGGCCUUUCGAUGAGCGGGAACUGGAACUAGUCAUCAGCGGCAUUGGCUCCAUUGACAUUGCUGACUGGAGAUCGCACACUCGUUUGAAACACUGCACGCCCGACACCAUGGUCGUACAGUGGUUUUGGCAGGCCGUCGAGUCAUAUUCCGAAGAAAUGAGAGCCCGACUUCUCCAAUUCGUGACAGGCUCUUCCAGAGUGCCCCUGCAGGGUUUCAAGGCCCUGCAGGGAAGUACGGGGGCCGCGGGCCCCAGGCUGUUCACCAUUCAUUGCGUGGACGUGCCACCGCAAAAUUUACCCAAAGCCCACACAUGUUUCAACAGAAUCGACAUACCGCCCUACGAUUCUUACCAGACUUUGUUGGACAAGUUGACGCAAGCUGUCGAAGAGACUUGCGGCUUUGCAGUAGAAUGAUCGGGAUUCUUCCCCAGCCUUGAGACAAUAGGAAAAAUUGAGGAUCUUCACGCUGCAUGAGAUGACGCACCAACACUGUUAUUUAGGAAAGACUGCUUGAAGACUGUACUGUGCCUUUUCUGCUGUUUGAAACACACCUCUUUCUAUUUAUCUACUUCACUACCAUUUUCGAUCCAAUCACAAGUGCCUGAGCAUACUAUCAAUGGUAACACAUAGGUAAAAGUCGUCUGAGUGUUUGAAAAUUUGACAAAAUUGCUUUAGAUUUCACUCGAUAAGCCGCAGGUAAAAGGUUGAAAAAAUCUGAACUGUUUUGGGUGGACAAGUGUAUUGACUUCGUUUCUUCAACGUUUUGAACCAGACUAAUUCGAGUAACGAAAAGAGAUACUAAUAUAUUUUUAUUUACAUCAUAUAUUAUUGUGUUCAAUUUUGAACAUUUGUGAUGUUUUUUACUUUUUGCUGAUCUGAAGAUUUAUUUUCUUCGAUCUAAACAGAACAGAAGUUUCGGCGGAAAUUGAUUCCUUCAAGUUCCUUCAUCGAUAUUAAUUGCAUAAAUAAAAAAUAUAUUCGCGCUAUAUUAAUUAAAAUAUUUUUUUAUUAUACAUCAUCAUAGCUUCUGAAGGAAAUGGUUUUUUAUGAAUUCUUCGGAAUUUUGAGAAUUUUCGAUUUGCCUUUAAUAAAGGAACAAUAAAAUGUAAUACAUAUCUUUGGCAAUAAAAAAACGAGCCCAUAUCAUACUUGUUAAGAAUUUUACGAACUUUAUUCUUGUUCUCUUCCAACUGACUCUUGUUUGUUCUUAUGGUGCCUUUUUCUGCACAAUAAACCUAGUGCGCUGUAUGUUUCACACUUCAUAGGAAAAUCUAUAUGAAAUGACAACAUUGCUUACGUCAGUGUUGCCUUUACGUGUAUUUUUUCUUUUUAGGUAGUUUCAAAUGAUCACUGUAAAUAUAUAAAAUAUCUUUAGGAAAUUGUAUAUUUGAAAUUGUCGGUUUUGUAUUAUGUUGAAAAAGUUUAUUCCAACCAUUGUUCAAAGUGAAGAGGUUAGAAAUUAUUCCAAUAUUGACUUGUUGGAUUUAGGAAUCUAAACACAUUACAUAAUUUUAGGUAUUCUUAUUGGAUUAUAAGUGAUAGAUUCUGCAAUUUUGUUAUUAAUGUUGUACAUAGGUUUUAAAUAUGGGUGUACAUUUCUGCACUUGUGUUAGUGUUAAGUAUAUUUUUCGGUUUUUCCUUUUUGUUUUUUAAGUACAAUACUGUUUAAAACAGUGAAAUGUUAUUCAAAUAGAUAUGUAUUUUGUUCAUUAUUUUCGAUGUUUAAUUUUUUAUUUAUACGAAAUUGUGGAGUCACAUAUAGUUUUUGAAAUUAUUUUAAGCCACACAUAGUUUUACAGAGAUUACAUAAUGCAUUUCAAUACUCUUAUUUGUAUAUAUUUUUACAUUUAUAAGCGAUUAUACGUUGACAAAUGAAAUUUUUUGUGAUUUUUGAGAGAAAAUAUAUCGCUGAGAUAUUGUUAAAAUCGUACUAAUUUACUUUUGUAAUGUAACUUUAUAUGGUUUUUUGCAAAAGGUUAGUUUUUGGCCCAGUUUCUGUAUAUUAUAAGAGAAAUAUUUGUAAAAACUGAGAAAAACAUAAAUAUACCAUAUUAUUUUCGAAAA